CCUGCCCAAGGCUACGCAGCACUAAGCGGCCAAUCUCAGGUCUGGCCAGCCCUGUGGUGUCUGUCCCCCACAGCACAGUUGUUGGCAGCUGGCAGACCUGCUGGCCCGACGGCCAGGACCAGCUGCAGGCAGCCCCACUCAGGAGGCACCUCCUACCAGUUGUGCCCAGCACCUUCCCCAGGGCAUACUCUGCGGACAGCCCUGCGUGGCAGUGACAGCUGGUUGGAGGGGAGCGAGGACGGUGGCACCAGGCAGAAGCGUCCCACUUUGUGUUGGGUCGCACAGGCUGCCCAGAGCUGUCCUGGCUGCGGGGCCCGGGCUCUGGAGCCUGGAUUUGGGGGAGGCACACUCGUCUCCCCUGAGGGUGUCAGGCAGCGGUUCGUUGUUGCUGCAGCAUGCAGUGGUGUGAUGAGCUGCUGGGACCCAUCAGUCCAGAGAUUUUGUGGCAGGAAACUGGGAAGGACACGGAUGCUCCAUGCAGCAGGUGUGGCGAUGGGGGCCGGACCCAGCAGUCUGUGGAGUUCGGCCAUUUGCUCCCCUCCGGGCAGCUGGGAGAGGCUCUGGUCCCACAUAGUGGUGCGCGUGGCAGGGGAGGGACGUUAAUAGCCCCACAGAAGUCACAUUCUAUGUGGACAUCGCCGGAACCCUGGCCGAGGGCACCAGGGUAUUGGAAGGCGGUAGGUGGAUGUGGUAGCAUCAGAGGGAGGUGCUUCAGAAUUGGACUCGGCGCUGAGGGGUCCUCAGUGGCCUUCCUGCCUGAUCCCUCCCAGGCCAGGCACCCGCCUCGGGGGAGCGACUGCCGGGAGCAGGACAGGGAGCGCGAGGGGACCUGGGUCCUGGUGCUGCAGCUGGGUGACCCAGCCAUCGUGGGGCUCAGAGCUGAUCAGCCCUGGAAAGGUGCACAGGCUUCCGCCUGGGCCUCAUAGAGUGGGCCUGACCAGACUGGGCUCCUGCGUGCCGGCCCAGCCCUGUGGCCACCACACCCGCGGCAGGGCGUGCCGAGGCAACCUGGUGGCCUCCCGCCUGCUGGCUGUCAGCGCAGGACGUACCCUGAAGUUGUUCUCAUCCUUUGGCAGCCCGGUGCUGCUCAGAAUCAAGAAUCAUUUGCUUCUAUGUGUAAAGUGGCCUGAGGGCGGUUCUGUCCAGCUGUGCCUUCCGGUUGGGCCCAGGACUGAGAGGCAGCAAGCCCCCUGCUGUGACCUCUGGGCCCGGCCCUCCACUUCCUGUCUAUCUGGCUGCCUGGCAUCAGCUGUGUGCUUUCAUGUAGAUGCCGGGAAGGGGGUGCUGGGCGGUGAGGCCCAGGUGAGCUGCUGUCCUUGGGGCUGGGCUGAGGCCGGCCCGAGCUCAACUGGGUGCUGCUGGGACUUCCUGGGCGGGGACACCCCACCGCAGAGGAGCAAGCCGUGCGGCGCCUGCCUGUGCUGUGCCUUCCGGCUUCCUCUCCGCUCCGCUGCCCCCUUCUUGGCCUCUGCCCUGCCGCCCGGGGCCCAGUGCUUCCUUUGGCCUUAAGCCAGUCCCUCUUCCGGACCCUUCCUCCGACCCCGUUUCUUCCAGAAGUCCUCUCCGUUCUCGGGAUGGGCUCCCCGCUUCUUGGUCAGCUCCAGGGCUGUCUCCCUGGACAGCAGGUCAGGCGAAGUUCGGUUACAUCUGGGGGGCCCUGCCCUGACCGUUGCUCCCGGCUGCAGCCGAGGAGAAUGAAGGGGCAGUGAGUCCCUGGGUCAGUCGGCUGUGUGACCACAGGGUACAAGGGGAGGAGCCUGACGUGGCGUCACGCUCAUUCUGUUAUUUUCGUUUUGAUUGUGAAAGUUCUGGAAAGUGUAGCAAUAGUGAACCUGGGCUGACCCCCUGCAGGGUCCACCCUGCGUGUCCCCAGAAGUCGCGUCAGUUCACGACUCGUAGAGACAGACCCCAAAACCAACACUGAGUGAGAAUCGUCCGUCUGUGACUGCCUCAGGCACUCGUCCUGCUUCUCUGCGGGGCCCACACUGUAGACGGUGUCCUCGAGCUGGGCCGUCCCACCGUCUGUGGCAGCAGCCUCUGGCUCCUGUGACUAAACUCAGAGGUGAUGCUGGUGGGACACGCAUACCUUGGGGCGCGCCGAGGCCCAGGGAGACCAGCUUGCUCUCCCCGCUCCUCCCCCAGAGUCCCCACCGCAGGGCCGGGGUCCAGAAUGCCAGGUCCUGACGCCGGCCUCAGCUGCAUCCCCUGGCUCGGGAACCUCGUCCACUGGCCCUGGUGGCCUCCCCGGCAGUUCCCUCUGGGGAGAAGGGCCCUUUCCGAGAGGGGAGCAGGAGAGGCUGGCGCACCACCUGGGCCUUGUCGCCGUUUCUGUGCUACUUGACGUCGUGUCCCUUAAGAGGAAAGGCUGGGCUCCUAAUGACACAGACACGCGGGGCCUCACCCCGUCCCUUUCCCUGGGCCUCCCGCACCUCUGCGGACGUCUGCGUGGACGUCCCUGACGACGUCCUGGAAGUGGGACGCGCGACACGCUCCCGGGGGGCCCAGCACUAACUUCAUCCACAGAGUUACUUCUUCCGCUUGGUUUUCUCUUUUUAGGAAGUUUUGUGAAUUGUGUUUUGCAACGAAAUCAGAAAGGAGCUCUCCAGUCUGCCGGCCUGCCGCCCUCCUCUCUGUUGGGCCUCACUGAGUGCUGCCGGGAGCCGCCACGCAGCCAUGGAGGAGGAGGAGGAACAGCCACCUCAGGAGGCCCACGCAGAACCCCCUGUGACGUCAGGAGCGUCGGAGGUGGUGCCCAGGGUGCUUUCCGGAGAACCCCAGAACCUGUCUGACGUGGAUGCUUUCAACCUGCUGCUGGAGAUGAAGCUGAAGAGGCGGCGAGAACGGCCCCACCUGCCACGCACGGUGACAGAGCUGGUGGCCGAGGACGGGAGCAGAGUGUAUGUGGUGGGCACAGCCCACUUCAGCGACGACAGCAAGAAGGACGUCGUGAAGACGAUCCGGGCGGUGCAGCCGGACGUGGUGGUGGUGGAGCUCUGCCAGUACCGCGUGUCCAUGCUGAAGAUGGACGAGCGCACGCUGCUGCGGGAGGCCCGGGAGGUCAGCCUGGAGAAGCUGCAGCAGGCCGUGCGGCAGAACGGGGUCAUGUCUGGACUCAUGCAGAUGCUGCUGCUGAAGGUGUCGGCCCACAUCACCGAGCAGCUGGGCAUGGCCCCUGGUGGCGAGUUCAGGGAGGCCUUCAAGGAGGCCAGCAAGGUGCCUUUCUGCAAGUUCCACUUGGGCGACCGGCCCAUCCCCGUCACCUUCAAGAGGGCCAUCGCCGCGCUGUCCUUCUGGCAGAAGGUCAAGCUGGCCUGGGGCCUGUGUUUCCUGUCAGACCCUAUCAGCAAGGAUGACGUGGAGCGAUGCAAGCAGAAGGACCUGCUGGAGCAGAUGAUGGCGGAGAUGGUCGGCGAGUUCCCCGACCUGCACCGCACCAUCGUCUCCGAGCGCGACAUCUACCUGACCUACAUGCUGCGGCAGGCGGCCCGGCGCCUCGAGCUGCCGCGCUCCUCCGACGCUGAGCCCAGGAAGUGUGUCCCCUCUGUGGUGGUGGGCGUCGUGGGCAUGGGCCACGUCCCCGGCAUCGAGAAGAACUGGACCACUGACCUCAACAUCCAGGAGAUCAUGACCGUCCCCCCGCCGUCCAUCUCCGGCAGAGUGUCCCGGCUGGCUGUGAAGGUCGCCUUCUUGGGCCUGCUGGGCUAUGGCCUGUACUGGAUGGGGCGCCGCACCGCUGGCCUGGUCCUCUCGCUGCCUGCCACCCAGUACUGCCUGCAGAGGGCGUCCUCAGCCCGGCCGCACAAGUAG